AUGUACAGCUCAUCAAAUCAUUUCCGGGAAAGUCGGUUGACGCUUCGGCAUUUUAGAAAUUUUUAUAACAAUUCGAUUAUUUAUUAUGAUCUCGGGUUGGACGAGGACCAGCGCGAAGAACUCGAUGAAGUCUGCAACUUGCAAGUCAGAGAUUUCGAUUUUGAGAGCUAUCCGAGGCAUGUGAGACAGUUGACGACAUAUGGGUUUAAGGUCAUCAUUGCUGCGGAAAUGCUACUCGAACAUCCCGCUUUUUGGAUGGUGGACACUUCUGUACAUCUGGAUUCGCCCAAUUGCCUCUCGAAAGUUUAUGAAGCUGUGAAUAACGGGACUGCCCCAGAUUUUGUGAUGGGCCAGGUGGUCGGAAAACAAAUGGCGUAUACAUACCCCGAAAUGUUCGACUACCUCCCUUUCCCUACAAAAUACCACGAUGAACACCAGAGAGAGGCGGUGGUUUUCUACCAUAGGAGUCGGCAGAGCAAAAGAAUAUUGAAAUGGUUGCUACUUUGCGCCCUAACGGAGGGCUGCAUAGCUCCCAGGAAUUCGUUUUUCGAUUGGAUAACUUUUCGGGCAAGCGGGUACCAUAGGUACGACCAGAGUGCGGGUACAAUUCUUCGCAGCGCCUUCAUCCGCCAAAACCCAACCCAAUUCAACUACGUUCACGACUGUGCAAAGGUCGAACGCGGAAUGCCCGACGACGAGCCGCUGCAGAAUAUUUGCCACUAU